GCUGUGAUCUCCUGAGUUUCCAGCACUGAAAGCCAAAGGGACUUCCUGUCAGCGCCUCUGUCUAAAGAUGGCGGACACUUUCGGCCAAGUGUUGUUGGGAUCAGGGCUCACCGUCUUCUCUCAUCCUCUUAUGUACAUUAAAGUUCUUAUCCAGGUUGGACAUGAGCCUCUCCCUCCCACUCUGGGCAGAAACCUGUUUGGCAGACAGGUUCAUCAGCUGCCUGGACUGUUUUCUUAUGCAAAACAUAUCAUAAAGAUCGACGGGAAGGUUGGGCUCUUCAAAGGACUUGCUCCAAGGCUCUGUGCCAGCACCAUUGGCACGUUUGUGCACAGCAAAGUUGUGGAGAAAUAUCCGGACCAGGAUCAAUUCCAGGGUCUUGGUGAAAAGCGUGUGCCAGCAGAGGACUCCAUGCAGCAUGUUGUUCAUGAGACGACCAAGGAAAUGAUCGCCCGAUCAUGUGCAACGGUCAUCACACAUCCAUUCCACGUCAUCACUUUGCGAUGUAUGGUUCAGUUUAUUGGAAGAGAAGCGAAAUAUAGUGGUGUGUUUGAUUCCAUCGUCACAAUCUACAGAGAAGAAGGCAUCCUAGGAUUCUUUGCGGGUUUGAUUCCUCGUCUACUGGGAGAUGUCCUCUCUCUGUGGAUUUGUAACAUGCUGGCUCAUCUAAUCAACACCUAUGCCAUCGAUGACUCGAUGAGUCACACAGGAGAAAUGAAGAACUGCUCUCAGGCUGUGACUGGGUUCUUUGCGAGUAUGCUCACAUACCCGUUUGUCCUGGUGUCCAACCUCAUGGCCAUCAAUAACUGCGGACUGGCUGGAGGCCUGCCUCCCUAUGCAUCUAUUUAUCCCAGCUGGGUGGACUGCUGGAAGCACCUGAGCAGAGAGGGCAACAUGAGCAGAGGAAAUAGCUUAUUUUUCCGGAAACUUCCAGCAGGCAAGAUGUAUGCAAUUGAACAGAAGAGAUUUUUUUAAGUCUCAAAGUUGAGCUGAUGACAGGGGAGGUCCAUGCCUGAGCUGUGGAUUGGACAGUUGGUUCUUCAUCUCUUUUUCUUUUGGUAUGCUUUCAUUUACCAUCCUAAUUGUUUUUCUUAACAGCCUGUUAUCAUGGGAAAUUCAUUUUUGUUCAAUCAGCUGAAACAUAAACUAACGGGCCGUCGACCGUAGGGAUGUGACAGAUGCACAAGCACUGUAUGGGGGCAGACGUUGGUGUUUUUACUGAUCCGAUGUACCCCUCCCCUUCUAGCCCUGCUUUUCUAAACAUGGUGACGUGACGUUGUCAUCACCAUUGGAUGUUGGAACCAACUGCUGUCUGUUCUGGAAAUGUGAAUCAUUGUAGAGAGUCCUCUGUUAAGACGAUUUUCUCGUUGUUUGUCCAUGAGUUUCUAUGAUAAUGUCAAAAGGAAGUGAGAUUAAUGACGAUAAUCAUCUGUGAAAAGGCAGGGCUCAAUGGGGACAUGUAUUCUGACUCAAAUAAAACCUACAUUUUUAUGGUUUUCUUCUCUC